AUGACCAGCUGUGUGGUCGGACUGGACAAUUUUACGGGUAGCAAGUCAAGAGUGAAGGAACCGAAGGACUAUCAUGGGGGCCCAAAGGAUACACCAACCAGCCGCCGCUGCAAGAAGCGAUUGCAAGAGGAAUGCGUGCGCUACGGCAUCGAGUUCUCGGAGGGUGACUUCAAGGGCAUACUAUGGCAGAAGUUGUCGCAGCACAUACAGCAGCAUGUAAACUCCGUUGUCGUUGACCCGGCGAAAGCCCGCGGCCACACCGUUGUGUACACCCCACACUACCAUUCCGACUUGUACACCAGUUACACCAAGUUCACACAAGUCAAAACACGAAUCGACGCUGCAUUUGCUGCAUUGACCCCGACGGCAAUCAAGGGGUGCGUCAAGGUUGCCGCCCAAGGCAAGUUGCAAUCCUUGUAUGAGUAUCUGUUGCAAGUUGAUGCAAUGAACUGCGAUGAGGAGUCGCCUGCUGCGAGGGACAACGAAGAUGGCGAUGAAGAAGGCGGUGAUAGCUCGAACGAGUAG